AUGCAAUCAACAAAACAUUCUGUUGCUGAUAUUAAUAAACAAUACGAUGACAUUAAUAAUAACAACAACUUUCAACCAUUAACCAUUAAUAACCAUGUAUCAGAUAAUACUGCACAGAAUAACACUACAAGUGUAACAUUUAAUAACAAUCAAAUAUAUGCACAGAACAUGUCUUCUAUUCAAAUGAAAUCACCAUCAGUUGAAAACCCAUCAUCACCUCUAAUAUCGCCUCAUUUCUUUUCAAAACCUAGUCAUGCAAAUAAUCAUGUCAGCAUGUUACUUUUCUCUAAUCCCCUAUUGCGUCAAACAACGACAACAGUAAAUACCUGUACAGUAAACAACAAACUUCCUCAUAAUACUAAUGUAGCGCUUCAUCGUCGAGAAACAAGACGUCGUAUAUUAUUUCAUAGUGAACAACCAAAUGUUACCGUUCCUGGUACAACAACAACGUAUUUAGCGGCCAAUACAUUAACACUAGCCCUGGCAAGCCUUCAAUUAACCGAACCGUCGACAGAACAACUAGUCGCUCAUAUUCCCAAUCUUGUGUUUAGUAAUUUACAUGAAUUAUGUGUAGAAUCUGAACGAAAAUCUCGUGGAAUUUUAUUAUUUCUUGAUGUAAGUGGUUUUACGGCAUUAACUGAAACCUAUAGUCAUCAUGCUCAUAAAGGCAUUAAUCAAUUAACACACACAUUGAAUGUUUAUUUCGAUAAAUUAGUAUUAGAAAUACUUGAUUCAGAUGGUGAUAUAUAUAAAUUUGCUGGUGAUGCAAUAUUAGCAUUAUGGCAGACGUCAAUCGAUGACUGUGCUGAAAAUGAAGAGAAUAUAUUACUGAUGUGUGAAAAAGCAUUAAAUUGUGCCAUUAAUUUACAAGCAAAAUGUGGUCAAUAUCAAACAGAUGUGGGCGUUGUUUUACAAGUUAAAGUCGCUUUAGCAUAUGGUUCAUUGGCGAUGAUAUUCGUCGGUAAUGAUGAAUUUAAACACUAUAUAAUGACAGGUGAAGUAGUUAAACAAGUAAAUGAAUGUGAACAUGAAUGUGUCCCGGGCGAUAUCACUAUUGCCAAAUCAAUGUAUGAAAAAUUAUCUCGAUCAACAAAAUUACUUGAUAAAUAUAAUCUUGCUCCAAAAGGAGAUAAAGGAAGUAUGUCUGUUAAAUAUGAUAAAUUAAUUAAUACCGAUACUGACUUGGAUGCUGCUGUGACCGAUAACGAAGAUGAUAGUGAAAUUAUUAUGAAUAAUGGCAAAAUUUCACAGCGAACAUCAGUUGAUCUAACACAGGAUGAAAAUACUAAACAAAAAUCGUUAAAUUCACUUCAAUCACAAUCACAUGCAACGCAAAAAUCCAAUGAAAUCAAUCACAAUUCUAAUACAACUGCUGAUGAUAUAUCAGAAACACACGACGAUUAUAUACAAAAUCAAAAAUUCCAUUUUCAACAUCGUCGACAUUCAAUAACUGAAUCCACAGCAAAUUUAGGAUCAUUAAUAAAAACAUUUAUAAUCCGUUGUGUCUUAUUAAAAAUUGAGCAUAAUCAAUCACUAGAUUAUUUAUCCGAGUUAAGACGUGUAACAAUAUCAUUUAUUCAUUUGGACAUAAGUGACGAUAAUCAAACAGAUUUAUGUUCAAAAGUUCAAAGUGUAUUCAUUAAAAUAUAUGAAUCGACAA